AUGUCGUCUCGGGCGCUCAAAAAACUGGUCGGCUCAAAUACUUCGGAGGAGCCUGUUGAAGUGGAGGAUGCCGAAGAAUGGACACCUGCACCAAAGCAAUCUAUAUUUUCCAUGGUUGACAUUCCGGAACUGAUGGAAGGGGACGCACCUGAUUCCGACAGCGACUCCGCCCAAGAAAAAGUCACGCAACAACCCUUCCAAACUCCAAAACGCAAAAAAAGGACAAAAAGGAAUAAGAGGAAAGCCACUAAGUCAAAACUUGCAAGUAGCCCCGAAAUCACCGACGAUGACAUCUUGUUAGAAGCGGCUCGACAAAGCUGCUCUAACCGGGAAUUGUCAACUACUAAGGUGCCCGUAGCGGCCUCCACGCGACCCGCGGAUCUUCUGGCUGUGAAUAGAAAAUUCCUUGACUACCGAGCUGAAUUGCAGCGGAAGUUCGGAUCCAGCUUGGCAGCGGGUGCUCGAGCACACUAUUCUCUUCCGUUUGGUCAGCUGGUUCGACCAAAAGCCACGUGGCCCCCAUUGGCUAAAUGUGGUUUGGAGAUGAAAACCUCUAGUGAUACUGAUGGUAGCUGCAUGUUUGCGUUCGCACACAGCAAGGACUAUUCGAAGCAACAAAAGGCUUUUUACGCUCUCCAGGAUAUGAUGGACCCGAACACGCUUUCAAUGGUCCUCUCCAAAGCUCCCUACCAUGUGGACACCUUACUACACCUCAGCGACUACCUAAUGCAUCAGGACCAAUCUGAGGUGGCGGUGGACAUGAUAGAGCGCGCUCUCUAUGCCUGUCAAUCGGCAUUCCAUCUGACCUUCAACUUCGCUACUGCCUCCUGCCGUAUGGACUACAGGGUGCAAGAGAAUCGAAGCUUCUUCGUUGCCAUUUUCCGCUACCUCUUCUACGUUGCCUCGCGAAGUUGUUAUCGCUCGGCUUUGGAGUAUAGCAAGGUGCUACUUCUGCUAGAUCCAGAGAAUGAUCCACUAGCAAUCAUUCUAGCCAUUGACUUCUUGGCCAUUUCAACGGAAGAGUACGAAUUUCUCAUCAGUUUCUACGAUACCUGGAAUCCAAAGCGGAACCUCAACCUUCUCCCAAACUUUGCCUUUUCGAUGCCUCUCGUGCGGUGGUUGCAACGAAAUCGACUGCGCAAACGAAAACAGAGUGAAGAUCUCCUUGAUUCCGACGAAAUUGAUAAGAUGCUUCAAGAUGCUCUAAUCAUGUUUCCCGGUUUUCUUACCCGUUUGAUGCAUCAAGUCAAGGUGGGUGGGACCGACAACCUGGACAAGUCAGUUCUCUUUGGCAAGGAGAUUCGUCUCUCGGAAAGUGAGAGUUUGAGUCGUCUGCUCGACCUCUAUGUGUCACAGUCGCGCUAUCACUGGCAGGAGCCCGACGUCCUCCCCUGGCUGGAAGCCAAUGUGGUGGUGGUUCUCGGUCUCGUGGAACCCAUUGUCGUUGACGCUGAUGACGCCUCUACUCAUGGGCGCAAUGUCCAACCGGACGAACGGCUCGUUGUUUACUCAGAGAGACGAAAGCGGCUCUACCCUCAACCACCUCGCAACAUUCUUCGCUAUAUCUUUCUUCGAGAUCUUCCUGAUGUCCCUCCCCUUGUUCCUCCGGCCUUUGCCAGCCAACAAAUCUAUCCGCUGGACCCCUUCCCACCCGCUGAUUCCAUCAACACGUACGAUCCGGAGGCUGAAAGGCGACAACGUGGAGACACGGAGGGUGGGAUCAUGGGUUUCUUAAAUACCCUUUUCUCCACACUGUGGCCGACUGUACCAUCGCGAGAAGAGGAAGUCGCUGAUUUGAACGCCAUUUUGGCCCAAUUCGGUCUCGCGGUGGUGGUAGAAGAGGUAGAUAUCGACGCAGAGGCGGCGGAAACAGAAAAUGAGGUACCCCCUCAUGAAUUUGAUUAG